AUGAGAGAUUUUCACCUACAAACACCACAGAGGGAACAGAUUCCUUCCAAUUAUCGAUCAAAAUCCAAUUCCGAUCUCAAUAAGAAGCCUCAAAAGUUCACGCGAAAGAACUUGAAUCAUGUCUUUAAGGCAGUUUCUGAAGAGGAUCAUUCGGCUUUUCAAUUUCCUAAGGAAUUGAUUGAAUCGGUAUCUGAAGUUUCUGAUCAUAAUCCGUUCAAUGAAUCUGCUGAGAACUUCCUUGUAAAUCCAGUGGCUACACCUUCAUCAAAAACAGAAACAGUUGCUCUGACUGAUCUCACUCCAUCGCCGUCCUCUUUGUUAUCUACUAUUACUUAUGAUAAACAUAUAGCUAACAAUGCCUCGAAAAACAAAUGUGUAAAUCCUGAAGUCAACUAUGUGAAGAACAUGGAAUCUAUUGAGGUGGACAUAGUGAUACAACAUCUGAAAGAUGCUAGAGUUCAGGUCAUGAAUUCAAGUGAUGUGAACCAUUCAAAGAAGCUUCUAGAUGCUUUGAUAAAUGUUGUCAUUGAAGAUUUCUAUGGUGGUUUGUAUGAAGAGAAGGACUGGCUAAAUAAAUUUGUUUCGAGCAAAGUUCAUGUGGUUUCCCUAAGUAUUCUCUUCGGUAUUCUUGCUUUUUCAGUGUUUUUGUUCUCAAAUUCUGGAGCAAAAGGUCUUCAUAAUGGACUGACACCAACUUGA